ACGGGGAUCCGGACAAAAGCUACAAGCCCAAAAUAUCUCUUUAUUGCCGGUGGUUAACGUUCACACAAUACUUCAAGGCUAGAUCUACUUACCCUCCUUAGAAUUUCGAAGUUUGAGAGCUAUAGAUAAACUUCCUUCAAGAACCCUACUACUACUACUACUACUACUAAAGUCUUGAAUAGAACAAAAUCAAGAAAGGAAAGAUGAAAAUUGAAAGAAAGCAGAUUGUAGUACUAGUGCCAUACCUACUCCAGGGGCAUUUAACACCAAUGCUACAGCUUGGAAGUAUCCUUCAUUCACAAGGCUUUUCUGUCAUUGUUGCACAUACUCAAUACAAUUCUCCUAAUUAUUCCAAUCAUCCUGAAUUCGUCUUCCAUUCUAUGGAUGACGGAUUAAAGGGAAUCGACAUGAGAUUCCCGAGUUUGGAGAGUAUAUAUUGUAUGAACGAGAACUGUAAAGUGCCUUUGAGAAAUUACCUCAUUAAGAUGAUGGAACAGGAAGGUGAUGAGCUUGCUUGUAUCAUUUAUGACAACAUCAUGUUCUUCGUCGAUGAUGUAGCCACUCAGCUGAGGCUUCCCAGCAUUGUCCUACGCACUUUCAGUGCUGCAUAUUUGCACUCUUUGAUCACCAUUUUACAGCAGCCAGAAAAAUAUUUUCCUUUGGAAGAUUCUCAGUUGCUGGAUCCGUUACCGGAGCUUCAUCCAUUGAGGUUUAAGGAUACACCAAUUCAUGUCAAUAAUAAUACAGUUCCAGAACCGAUACUAGACUUCAGUAGAGCAAUGAGCGAUAUCGGAUCAUCUGUCGCGACUAUUUGGAACACGAUGCAAGACUUGGAGAGUUCAUUGUUGUUUCGCCUUCAAGAACAUUACAAGGUGCCCUUCUUUCCAAUAGGCCCUUUACACAAAAUGGCGCCUAUGGCCUCAUCGACUAGCCUACUAGAAGAAGACAACAGCUGCAUCGAGUGGCUCGACAGACAAGCUCCUAACUCUGUUCUCUAUGUCAGCUUGGGUAGCCUAGUGGGUAUUGAUGACAAAGAGCUAAUUGAGACUGCUUGGGGAUUAGCUAACAGUGAGCAACCGUUCUUGUGGGUUAUUCGACCGGGCUCUGUCUCUGGCUUUCAAUGUGCUGAGGCACUGCCUGAUGGUUUUGUGGAAAUGGUAAGUGAAAGAGGACGGAUAGUGAAAUGGGCGCCACAAAAACAGGUGCUUGCACAUCCCGCGGUAGCAGGCUUUUUCACUCAUUGUGGUUGGAACUCUACGCUUGAAAGUAUUUUGGAGGAAGUCCCUUUGAUAUGCAGGCCAUUUCUAGCAGAUCAACUGGUGAACGCAAGGUAUCUGAGCCAAAUAUAUAAGGUUGGGUUUGAAUUGGAGGUUAUCGAGAGAACGAUCAUAGAGAAAACAGUAAGAAAACUCAUGUUAAGUGAAGAAGGCAAAGAUGUGAAGAAAAGAGUAGUAGACAUGAAACAAAACAUAGUUGCUGGUAUGCACAUGGAUGGUACUUCACAUAAGAAUCUGAAUGAUUUGGUAGACUUCAUUUCUGGCUUGCCAUCACGGCGCCCUCCACCAACGCCUAUUGUUGGGGCAGUCAUGAGCUCAAACCAUAUAGCAAGCAAAUGUAUCGUAGAGUCCUGAAGUUAGAAGAAUUGCUUAUUUUUGUUGCCUGCUAGCUUGGCAAGACAACAAGUCCUUCAUCACAAAAGGAAGAAUAAGAUAAGGAGUGAACUUUUCUCAAGUCCAUGGGGCAAAUGCUGAAGAAAUUUAGCAGCCUGUUACAAUAGCCUAGUCAACUACUUUCUCACUUUAGUUUGUUGAUUGGAUUAAUAAGUUGGGAACUAAAAUGAUAUAUUGUUUCCUAGUUGUUAGAUCUGAGAUAGAUUUCCUCUU